AUGGGAAGGGCGCCUUGUUGUCAAAAAGUGGGCUUGAAGAAAGGGAGGUGGACGACAGAGGAGGAUGAGAAAUUGGCAAAGUAUAUUCAAGCUAAUGGAGAAGGGUCUUGGCGGUCAUUGCCCAAGAAUGCAGGUUUACUCAGGUGUGGGAAGAGCUGCAGACUGAGAUGGAUUAACUAUUUGAGAGCUGAUUUGAAGAGAGGAAACAUAUCAACUGAGGAGGAAGAGAUCAUCAUCAAGUUGCAUGCUUCUUUGGGCAAUAGGUGGUCUUUGAUAGCUAGUCGCUUGCCAGGAAGAACAGACAAUGAGAUAAAGAACUACUGGAAUUCUCAUUUGAGCAGACGAAUUCACAGCUUUAGAAGGCCUGCAAAUGAAAGUCUACCGUUGAUGAUGGAAAUGGCCAAGGAGGGCAUCUUAGCCAAAAGAAAAGGAGGUAGAACAGGUAGAUUUGCAAUAAAGAAAAACAAAAUCAGCCACGCUCAAAAAGAUGCCACCAGCGUGUCAAGAAAGAGACCUCGAAUGGAAAAUAAUGCUAGUAAUCACUCUAAUUCAAAUAUUGAAGUCAUCCAAUUGCCACAGACACCAGCAUUAGAGAAAGAAACCUUGUCCAGUGCAAUCAAUGAUAUGGUGAUUUGGGAUCAAUGUGUAGAGGAUAAGGAGCAAUUGGACCUUGUUAUGCCAAGUCCCUAUCCAGAACCUGGAAGAGGAAUGUUGGGUUCCAGUGGGGAGAAAGCAAACCUGGUCUUGUGCCCUUGUGAAGAAAGAAUAAGUGGGAAUUCAAUUUUGUGCCCUACUGGUGGUGAGAAAGAAAAUGAUAGCUUAGGACCAUUCUGCGAAGGCAUCGACAAUGAGAUGCUGCGUCUUAAUGAGGUCAUGGACAAAGAGUUGCUGAAUCCAGCAGGGGAUUCGACUUUAAAUGAGGAGGGACAAAAUGGCCACAUGGUUCAUAGCGAGGAGAAACAGAGUUGGGUUUUGAGUCCAGACAAAACAGUAAACAUUUUUGAGUCCAUCGGUAAUUUGAGCUCAAAUAUAGAGACUGGUGACUGGUACUCGUGUUCUUCGAAAAGUACGUCGGGUUUUGAUGGUGGUGGGGUUGAUUGGAACUGGGGUGAUGUGAUAGGAGGACACGUUGAAAUAGGAGAUGAGAUCGGAGAAGAGAAUAUGCUAUCUUGGUUGUGGGAGAGCGAUAACGGGGAAGGGGAAACUCAAAAACAAGAUGAGGUACUGGACUAUGAGAAGCAAAAUGCCAUGGCUGCUUGGCUGCUUUCUUGA